CGGGCCACGCCAGCAACGCCGUCUGAAGCCGACGUUCUUCUCCUCCUCCUUCGUGCUUUGCCUCAGCCAAAAGCCCAUCGGAGGAAAGAUCAAAAAGGAAGGAGCUUUCAUCGAAUUGCGCAAGCGUCCAACUCUCCGAAUUUCGGAGCAAAUCCCUAUGAUUUCAGCAGAUUCAGCCGGGAAUUCAGAAAUUCCUCUCGCCUAGCUAAUUGAGGUUCUUUAUUCUUGCUGAAAGGAAAGGAAAAAAAAUCGGUUUUUGUCUGCCCUCGCUUGUCUGCUUCUUCCCUUGCUGCCCAUAAUUUUCGCAGCAUCACUGCCACUUGCAGUCGCAGCGAUAAUUGGGCAUUAGCGGAUACGAAUCCCGAGGAGGUUUCAGGAUAAAUGCGCUGUCCAGAGUUGAUAUUGGGGAGUCCAUUGGUUCGAUAGCUCCGUGGAUCUGUUGGCGAGUUUCAUUUGACACGCUGCUGAGUCGUGAAGUGGUUCGGAGUUGCAAAGUGUGGGUUUUUUUUGAGCCAGGGUUUUGCUUUGAUGACUGUCGAUGAAGCAGUGAGCCCUAGUUGUUCCUCGUGGAGUAGGGAACAGGACAAGGCGUUCGAGAAUGCCCUGGCUACUCACUUCGAGGACUCCUCGGAUUGGUGGGAGAAGGUAGCCUCCGACGUACCGGGCAAAACCCUAGAGGAAAUUAAGCUUCAUUACGAGCUUCUGAUCGAAGAUGUCGAUAAGAUAGAGUCUGGCCGCGUGGCUCUACCUUCCUACAAUUCGUCUUCCUCGGAUGGCUCCACGAGCAACGUGGGGGAGGAGGAGAACGGGAAGAAGGGCGGCGGGUCAGGGAACGCGAACGGCGAGUUGAACCAGGGAGGGAAAGGAUCGAGGUCGGAUCAGGAGAGAAGGAAGGGGAUUGCUUGGACAGAGGAAGAACACAGGUUAUUUCUUCUAGGCUUAGAUAAAUAUGGGAAGGGCGAUUGGCGAAGUAUUUCCCGGAACUUUGUCGUCACAAGGACGCCUACACAAGUUGCGAGCCAUGCACAGAAGUAUUUUAUCCGUCUGAACUCAGUUAACAAAGAUAGGAGGCGAUCUAGUAUUCACGAUAUCACCACUGUAGGCAGUGGAGACCUUUCAGCAACUCCAGGCCCUAUUACGGGUCAAAAUCAAACAGAUGGCUCCACGGGAGGAGUAUCUUCUGGCAAAUCCAACAAACAAUCUCCUCAAUCUCCAGCGGUGACGUCAGGUGUUGGAGUUCCAUGUCCUCCAUCAAUUGGACAACCAGUGGGUGGCCCUUUUGUUUCUGCUGUUGGUACUCCAGUAAAUCUCUCUACCACGCCUCACAUGGCAUAUGGUGUUAGAGGUCAAGUACAAGGCACUGUGGUUCCCGGUGCACCAAUCAAUAUGAGCCCCAUGACUUAUCCAAUGCCACAUGCAUCGGCACACAGGUGAUGCAGCUUAAGUUGUAAUAUAUAGGAACGGCAGAGAGUUUCUCUGCUUUUGCUCUUGUUGGAUGAUGGAAUGCUUGUAGUGAAUCUGAUGAUAGGAUGGUUUUGUGCGAAGACAACUAUUAUUUCUGUUGCUUUCAAAUAAGCCAUAGUAGGAGAAAUAACAUCAAUCUGUAUGGACUAGGUGAAGAUGUGGCAUUUCAGGGUGGGCCAUCAAAGUGUACUGUUGAUC